UCCUGCUGCUCCUCCUGCUGCUGCUGCUCCUGCUGCUGCUGCUGCCGACGAUUUAAAGUUGGUCCAGAAUCAGCUGGAUGUGACUUCAAAUCAAACUGUGCAGCAACAUGAAAUUCUCUCUGGAUUCAGCGACCUGUCGGGGGUCCGGUCCUUUCUUCCGGAGCAGGAAAUGGAGGUCCGGAUCAUCGGGGGUCAGGAGGCCUGGGCUCACUCGUGGCCCUGGCAGGUUUCUCUUCAGUUUGCCACCAUGCCGGCCUGCGGGGGCGCCAUCAUCAGCCCGCUGUGGGUCAUCUCUGCUGCACACUGCUUCAGAAGGUACAAGAAAGCUUCUUUCUGGACAGUUUUGGCUGGAAAACACGACCUGGAUAAUCCUCAUGAACCUGGACAACAAGUGGUCAGAGUCUCGAUGAUCAUCAGCCAUCAGGGCUACAACACUCGAACCAAAGACAGCGACGUGGCUCUGCUGAAGCUGCAGCAGCCGCUGGUCUUCAACCAGUUCAUCAGACCCAUUGAUAUCUGGAUGAACCCUCUGUUCCCCUUCAGGAAGUGCACCAUCACUGGCUGGGGCUCCACCCGAGAGAAUGGUCCUCGAGUCAACAGACUGCAGGAGGUGAACGUGACCAUCCUGCCCCAUGAUGUCUGCAACCAGUACUACCUGGGGAGGAUACAACCCUCCAUGUUCUGUGCCGGGAAGGACAGAGGGGGAGCUGACGCCUGCCAGGGGGACUCUGGAGGUCCUCUGUCCUGCUUCACUGGCAGUAGGUAUGAGCUGGCUGGUUUGGUGAGUUGGGGAGUCGGUUGUGGACGAGCCAGAAGACCUGGAGUCUACACCAAAAUCCAACAACACACUCAGUGGAUCUCCAAUAUCUUGAAUGAUCAGAAUAUCAUGUAUUCAGACGAUGUUCCUGUAGAAGAGGACAGGUGUGGUAAGAAGCAGAGCUCCAGCUGUGACAAGGCUCCAGGCCUCGCUGCUCUCUCUGUGUCCCAGGAUGGUGAGGUGUCUGUGGAGAACGUGUCCGAGUCCUGUCCCUUCUCCUGGCCCUGGCAGGUCAGCCUGCAGGCCAGCGGACACCAUUACUGCAGCGGAGCGCUGAUCCACCACCGGUGGGUCGUCACCGCCAAACACUGCAGCGUCAGAGCUAAAGAGGAUGUGGUGGUUCUGGGAGUCCAUGACCUCCGCUUCUCCUCGUCUCAAACUGUCCCAGUGGACGAGGUCUUCAAUCUGCCACAGGAUGGCAGCUUUCCCCCAAAAUCUGACGUGUCGCUGCUCCGCCUCAGCGUGCCCGCCAGAUUCAGCUCGAGUGUGUCUCCAGUUUGUGUCCCUGAUGAAGACGAGGAUCUUGACAACAGCUGGUCCUGUAUCACAACCGGCUGGGGAGCAACAAAGGCAACAGGGGACACUGAUCCGGACAGGCUGCACCAUCUUGGACUGACUCUGGUUAAUCAGACAACCUGCAGGGAGCGGUGGGGAGAAGGACUCCUCGGAGACUCCCACAUAUGUUCACAUCCUGCAGGUUCCACCUCCUGCAUGGGAGACUUUGGUGCUCCACUGUUGUGUCGGAAGAGUGGCGCUUACUUCCUGUUUGGUGUGGUCACAUGGGGCAGCAGGCGCUGUGAUCCAGACAAACCGGCCAUCUUCUCCAGAAUCUCAGAUUAUCACUCUUGGAUCACUGAGGUGACUGAAGACAUCUGAAUGUUUCUGUGACAAAAUAAACCAUUAAACUGGAA